CGACUACAAAUAUGAAGGCAGUAUUAUCUUCAUUCUGUAAGCAUAGAAGUCUAAUACCAUGAAAACAGAUAAACUACAGAGCCACCUUCUCAGUGUACUAGAAGAGCUGUGGACAACGGUCAGGAAGUUCGUCCAGGUACAUUGGUGUUUUUGCUUUUGCAGGCAAUGUUGAAAGAAUGGACAAACAAAAUACCUCCGAGAGUUCCUCUUGUGAUCACAUAGUGGCCCAUCAUUUGAUCCCGCUUUACUUCCUAGUGCUCAUUGGCGGCCUGGUAGGUGUCAUCUCCAUCCUGUUCUUGCUGGUGAAAAUGAACUCACGUUCAGUGACCACCAUGGCAGUCAUUAACCUAGUGGUGGUCCAUGGGUUAUUCCUGCUGACUGUGCCUUUCCGUGUGGCAUACCUCAUCAAGGGGACUUGGACAUUUGGAUUGCCUUUCUGCAAGUUUGUGAGUGCCAUGCUGCAUAUCCACAUGUACCUCACCUUCCUCUUCUACGUGGUGAUCCUGGUCAUCAGGUACCUCAUCUUCUUCAAGCGCAGAGACAAAGUAGAAUUCUAUAGAAAACUGCAUGCAGUUGCUGCCAGUACUGCUAUGUGGCUUUUGGUGAUUGUCAUUGUGGUACCCCUGGUGGUUUCUCAGUAUGGAAAUAAUGAAGAAUACAAUGAACAACACUGCUUUAGAUUCCAUAAAGAACUUGUCCGUGAUUAUGUACAAGUUGUCAACUAUAUGAUAGUCAUUAUUGUCAUAACCAUUGCAAUGGUUCUCUUGGGUAUCCAAGUCUUCAUCACACUGUCCAUGGUGCGGAAGCUUCGCCACUCCUUACUAUCCCACCAGGAGUUCUGGGCUCAAUUGAAAAAUCUGUUUUUUAUAGGCAUAAUCUUCAUUUGUUUUCUUCCCUACCAGUUCUUUAGGAUUUAUUACUUGUAUGCAGUGACACAUUCCAAGAACUGUGAAGACAAAGUUGCAUUUUACAACGAAAUUUUCUUAAGCACAACAGCAAUCAGCUGCUAUGAUUUACUGCUCUUUGUCCUUGGAGGAAGCCACUGGGUUAAGCAAAAGAUUAUUGACCUAUGGAAUUGCCUUUUAUGCCGUUAGCCAAACUACAGUGUUUAUUACUUUCUGUUGGGAAUAAGAAUAAGCAAGGAAGGUAAGAAUGGCUUUGCAUUGCUUGAUCAAAACCUUGCCUUGGCCCAGACAAAGAAAAGGGCUAAAAAUUAUCUAAGUGCUCUCUGUAGUUUGUAAAAGAUGUCCUUGCAAAAAUGAGUUGUGGUAAACCUAUGUGGAAUUGCAGUUGUGACUGCUUAGCCAAACCAGAAAACAUAGGUCUGCUGGAUGCUGGAGUUUUAUUAGGGCCUGGUGACUUCCAUGGGUUUGAAACAUGGUUCCCCUCUCCAGGCUUUUUGCGGCAACUCGGUAAAGAAGAGUUAUUUUCAUCCCACUUCUCCUUCCCAAGGUUAACCCUGGUCAUCAAACAGCUUCAAAUGGAAACAACUCUGUUGUUUAACAGACAAGUUGAUACAGUCAACACACACACACACACACACUCACAUUCUGACAAAACAAUCAGAAAAAUGGAGGAGUAAGAAACUUUUCUGUAUCAUCCUAACUUUGGAGGAAAUGUCUAAACUUCUGCGUUAAUAAGUUUUUCUAUCUUUGCCCUUCUAAAGGUUAUGUUAAAGGACAUGGGUAAUGAACUACCAUCAGUCACACUGUCUGAAAAUUCUUCGUAACCUUAUUAAGAUGCCUAAGUAAUGGUGAAAGUCCUGCUCACAGUGAAAUGAACAGCAAUGCAGGAUAAUCAACCUUGUUUUCUUUUCUUGUUCUUUGAAAUAAUUUUUAUGUCUUUGGCCACAGUUAAUGCAUUUUUCCCCAUUUGAAGAUAAAACGUUAUACUGUAUUCUUUAAGUUCACUCCAGUCUUAAAAUUAUAUAUUUUAAAUAAAUAAAACCUAUAUUUUUGAGCAAAAAGAACUCUGAGGGAAAAUAUAGAAUUGUCCUUGUUAGAAUAUAUGAAAUUAGAAUGUAUUAAGAGAGCUUUGAGCUUUAGAAAACAUUUGGAAAUGAAUGUAUAAAUAUUCUGGGAAGUAUUACCAUUCCAUCCUUUACAAUAUUAAAUCAUAUGAUAGCUUCACCAGAUUCUUAGUAGUGUUUUGCAAUUUGGUUCAUAAUUUGUGACAUACGGCAUAUUUAACUGCAUUAAACUUUUAUUUGAAGAACAAUUCCUGACUGAGUUCACAUACAGGCUUAUGUUUGGAGUUAAUUGCCUUUGGUUUCGUUUUGCCUUUUCCUCUUAUUCAUGCUCAUGCCUCCCUCAGUCUCACGAUCUGAGAGUUUUCAGGGCACUGACCACGUCCAUAUUUAAGGCUUCGGAAACCUGAAGUCAUUAGUGGUCUGAGCAGGACAGGAGAGUCCCAGGGCGCUUUUUCCCAGAAGGGACAUCCUGACAUCUACAAGCCUUUUCCUUAGUUGCUGCUGUUCCAUGGAUCCCAGCUUCUUCUGAGGGACAAGCAGUGCCCUGGGAGGCUCUGGUUUCGGUGAAAUUACCAAAGCAUAACAGCUAAUCCUAAAGAAAAAUAUGUAGCAAUCAUUGCCAAUGUGACUGUUUCUAACUUUUUCUCUUGAAAAUUUCAACUCUCCAUUCCCAUCUCCCCUUUAAAAACAUUUCUUCCAUUUAUUACUUGUUUUCUGUUCUCAUUUAUUUUCUAAGUUUUUUCCCUCACUUUGACUCAUAAAGUUUGGAAAAUCAUUGCUUAUACCCAUAAACAUUUUCAGGAAAUUUGUAACAUCCACAAAACGAAUAAGAAAACAAAGAUAGAAUAAAAUAUUUAGAAUAAGCUUUCCUUGAGAGAGUUUCCUACGGGCUUUCUCCUUGUGGAUACUGUAAGUAUAGACUGUACAUCAUACUUUUAUAGAGUGGAUUAUAUCUUUUAGACUUUAGAUAUGCUGAUGCAAAGCAGUUACGUUUUUCUCAAUAUUAUAAUAAGGGGCCCAUCUAUUUCUAUUGGUCUAUAUAUAGAAUUGUUAU